AUGGAAAGAGAGUUUGAUAGAACAACAUACAUAAAGAAAGGGCCAUGGAGUUGUGAGGAAGAUGAGGUUCUUUUAAAGCAUGUAAACAAGUAUGGUCCAAAAGAUUGGAGCUCCAUUCGAUCCAAAGGCUUGUUGCCUCGAACUGGAAAAUCUUGUCGCCUUAGAUGGGUUAACAAGCUUAGACCCAACUUGAAAUCUGGCUGCAAGUUUUCAGCAGAGGAGGAAAGGGUUGUGAUAGAAUUGCAGGCACAAUUUGGGAACAAAUGGGCUAAAAUUGCUACAUAUUUGCAAGGGAGAACCGACAAUGAUGUGAAAAAUUUCUGGAGCAGUAGGAGGAAAAGGUUGGAGAGAAUGUUGCAAAGGCCAUCACAGCAGAAAAACAAAGGAAAAGCUCCUCUUAAUCAAGUACAAGUUGAAGAGGUUCCUCCGUGUAGUUCUAAUCAGCUGGAAGAAAGCCUUACUUACUCUACUUCCUAUAUGGGAAACACUGAGGUGUUUGAGAUGGUCAACCUACCAGAUUUGACAAAGUCAAACUACCAAAGUUUGGAGAGUGACCUGAAUGCAGUUAAGGUUGAGGCCACCCCACUUCAUAUGGUAACACCUUUUGAGUCUUCAUCAGGGUACAACUUUCCUCUACUCCCUGAACCACAAAUGGACUUUCCACUAUUCCCAGAGUGCCACGACCUCGUUCCGGAGCACUAUGACACUAACUUGAUUGGUAUGUUCGAGCAGAAAAAAUGUUCAGAAUGUUUAUACGGCCAGAAGCUUGGGACUAGGUUGCCAACUCUUGGAUUGGAAGGAAAUUCUCAAAGUACAAGUUCAAAUGGCUUCUUUAAGGACUUCCCAACUGAUAUUUUUGAAUACUUUGAGCAUAUUCCAUCCUCAUCAGAACAAUGA